CCGAAAGCAUUGCAGCUCAUCGCAGUCUGAAGCUUUGCAUUACAUGUUCGCACUCCGCACGACUCGUCCCAGCGCAUAGGCUCGCAAAACAUCAACUUUAAAUACUCUCGAGGUGAGAAUGGCUGACCCGGCGCAGUCGAACAGCGAUGGAGAGGAGGCAAGCGCACCCAUGAGAGGCUUCGCGCGACAAGGUGCCCUGAGGCAGAAGAACGUUCACGAGGUGAAGAAUCACAAGUUUAUCGCGCGCUUCUUCAAGCAGCCCACUUUCUGCAGCCACUGCACGGACUUCAUCUGGGGAUUUGGGAAGCAAGGAUUUCAGUGUCAAGUCUGCUGUUUUGUGGUGCAUAAGCGCUGCCAUGAAUUCGUCACCUUCUCCUGCCCUGGAGCAGAUAAGGGUCCUGCAUCAGAUGAUCCGCGCAGUAAGCACAAGUUCAAGGUGCACACGUACUCCAGCCCGACCUUCUGUGACCACUGCGGCUCUCUUCUGUACGGACUCAUCCACCAGGGCAUGAGAUGUGACCACUGCAUGAUGAACAUCCAUAAGCGCUGUGUGGCCAAUGUGCCGAGUCUGUGUGGGACUGACCACACUGAGAGGAGGGGCCGCAUCCAAAUCACUGCAGAGAUCAAGAACAACGUUCUCACCGUCAGCAUUAAAGAGGCAAAGAACCUGGUUCCCAUGGACCCCAAUGGCCUAUCCGAUCCUUAUGUCAAACUAAAACUCAUCCCUGACCCAAAGAGCGAGAGCAAACAGAAGACCAAGACCAUCAAGUGCUGCCUGAAUCCCACGUGGAACGAGACCUUCACAUUUAAUCUGAAAGAGUCAGACAAAGACCGCAGACUGUCUGUGGAGAUCUGGGACUGGGACUUGACCAGCCGGAACGACUUUAUGGGCUCUCUGUCUUUCGGCAUCUCUGAGCUUCAGAAGCAAGGAGUGGAUGGAUGGUUUAAACUGCUUAGUCAGGAAGAGGGCGAGUACUUCAAUGUGCCUGUCCCAGCCGAGGGUGAAGAAGGCAACGAAGAAUUCCGGCAGAAGUUUGAGAGAGCUAAAAUUGGUCCCACCAAAACAGACAGCUCUUCCUCCAACGCCAUCUCCAAAUUUGACAGCAAUGGCAACCGGGACCGCAUGAAACUGUCUGACUUCAAUUUUCUCAUGGUGCUGGGCAAGGGUAGCUUUGGAAAGGUCAUGUUGGCUGAGAAGAAGGGAGGAGAUGAGCUGUUUGCGAUAAAAAUCCUCAAGAAGGACGUGGUGAUCCAGGAUGAUGAUGUUGAAUGCACUAUGGUGGAGAAGAGAGUGUUAGCCCUGUCAGGAAAACCACCUUUCCUUACUCAACUGCACUCCUGCUUUCAGACUAUGGACCGCUUGUACUUUGUGAUGGAAUACAUCAAUGGUGGGGAUCUCAUGUACCAUAUCCAGCAGGUUGGCAAGUUCAAAGAGCCCCAUGCUGUGUUCUAUGCCGCAGAAAUCGCUAUAGGCUUGUUCUUUCUGCAUUUGAAGGGUGUUAUAUACAGAGAUCUAAAGUUGGAUAACGUCAUGUUGGAUGCAGAGGGUCAUAUCAAAAUCGCCGACUUUGGCAUGUGCAAGGAGAACAUGUGUGAUGGAGUCACCACUAAGACCUUCUGUGGGACCCCUGACUACAUCGCCCCUGAGAUCAUCGCUUACCAGCCGUAUGGAAAAUCUGUGGAUUGGUGGGCCUUUGGAGUUUUGCUCUAUGAGAUGCUGGCUGGGCAGCCCCCAUUUGAUGGUGAGGAUGAAGAUGAAUUGUUUCAGUCUAUUAUGGAGCAUCAUGUGUCCUAUCCCAAAUCCAUGUCCAAGGAGGCUGUAGCCAUCUGCAAAGGGCUGAUGACCAAGCACCCAGGGAAGCGUCUGGGCUGUGGUCCUGAGGGUGAGCGAGACAUCAGGGAACACGCUUUCUUCCGUUAUAUGGACUGGGAGAAGUUGGAGAACAAGGAAGUCCAGCCACCUUUUAAACCAAAAGCCCGAAACAGCCGAGAUACCUGCAAUUUUGACCGGGAAUUCACUAAAAUGGCUGUGGAGCUCACUCCCACCGACAAGCUGUUUAUCAUGAAUCUAGACCAGGAUGAGUUCCUGGGUUUUUCCUACACCAACCCGGAGUAUGUGGAUCCCAAUCAGGGUUAAAAGAGCAAACAUAUUGGAGACUGCUGGCCAUGUAUCUCUCUGUCUGCCUGUAUGUGUGUGACAUGUAUGCUCAGGGGUGUGAAAGCUUACUCAUUUUACUGUAACAGGAUUUUACCAAAGGCUCAGGUGGACCACCUCAGUAUAGCUGUGCGCAGCGGCGUAGACCCGCCCCCCCCCCCCCCCAUGCUUCAUGCGGCAAACCCUAAUCUACAAUUCUAUGCCACUGGCUGUGCAGUAUUCGGACACAUUUCCAAAGAGUCAUAAUUCUCCAAAUAUGUUGAAAUCCCGACCACUAUAACGUUCAAAAUAAAAUUCUUUCCCUCUUCUUGGCUUUCAUACUUUCAGGGGAGCUGGUUGCCCUCCGCUUUGCUAGAUUGUAUUUUGUGUUGGUGUUUAUACAAUGGUAAGCAAAGCCUUUGCAACAAAUGAGGAACAGACAUGACAAACCCCAAGUGAGCAAUUUGAAAACAACAAUGCCGCCUUCAAUAAUUUAUUUGCAGUUCAUUAUUUUCCCCCUGUUUGGUCUCUAUUUGAGCGAGCUUUACUGAGCUAAUGUUUAAUUCACUGGCUUAAACCCAUUAGACCAAAAUAUUAUUACCUCCCACACAUGACUUGAGCAGGGGCUCCUAUGCAGCCUAUGUUAACUGCUGCAAUCCUGGCACAUUGCUGUGGCAUUCAGGGAGAGGGAACAAAUAUAUAUAUAUAUAAAAAAAAAUGUCAAUAUGAUUGCAAAAUGGAAAUGUCAUUAUCAUUCAUAACAAUGUAUUUCAGGAAGGAUUCAUAUCACUGGAUUUUGGGAGAGUGGAGAUAUAUAAAGCUACUACUUCAUAUUUCAGAAUCCUUGAGGACAAGGAUUAGAAACAGCUGAAUAGAUCCAACGCAGUCAACACUGUCUUGCAAUACAGAAUUCAAAUAGUACAUAACUGUGUAUCUAUGCACCUUGUAGGGAACACAAUGUGCCAUUUUCCAAAAGGGACUUCAGCAUCGGCAGGUUUUUAUUCCCUGUGAUUUCAAAUGCUUAAUUUGCAUGAUUGCAAUAGUUUGUUUAUCCUCUAGGCACAAUACUUUUGGGUGUAUCUAUCAUUCAGGCAGAAAGACUGCUGUUCAAUCACAGAAAAACCAUACUGGCAUUUCUGAAUGCUUGAUCUAGAUCAGUCUUAUAUUAUAGCAAUGUGAUUUAAGUCCACCGCCUAUGUGCACUGAUGAGUCAUAGGCUUUUGUGUUGUGUAUAUAAUGUAACUAAGCACUUUCUGAAACAUCUACCUUCUCAUUCUUUUAAAAGGCAACACAAUUCAUGUUAAUGGCUUCUUAUCUAUUUUUUUUUUUUUUACUUCAUUAGCUCAUUUUUCUUUUUCUUUUUAGUAUGUAAACAUAUUCAUGUUCAAUACAAUAUGUUUCAAAGAUACACUCGCUGAUGAAGCCUCUAAUGAAAAUGACUUUGAAUUUAGAAUGAUACUCAUAAAUCGAUAGCCUUGUCUCUUUCCUGAAUAAGUGGAACCAAAUUGAUCUGUUCUGCCUGCUCUUGUACAGAUCCUAACCUCUCUAGUGCUGUGUGUGUAGUGGUGCUGUCUCUGUGAGGUGAAAAGUUGCAGUGUUUUGAUUGGGCUCAGUGUCACUAGCCUUCAUUUUAUACUGUGUGGCUACUCAGUAGUGCUAUCCCACAAUGCUGUCUGAGACCCAUUCACUCCGUAGAAAGUUAAGCUGCGUAUCGACUGGACAAUUAUCAAAAAUAAAUAUAAAAGGCGUAUCAGUUGACACGGUGGAGUGUGGUGUGAGUGCCAGGUGAUUUAGAUGGAAAAUUUCACAGGCUUAAAGGCACAGAGUGCCUGCUUAACUGCCUGCCAAACAGUUUAUGUGUCAGGCUGAUAAGGGGGCAACUGAGGUCAGUUCCAGGAAAAAAAGAUGUUGAAGGUGUGAGGUCUCAGACACUGUAAACAUAUAGAUACUGGAUGAGACAAUAGAUAAACCAUUCAAGUUAUAACUUGUUGAUGUAUGUGACGAGGAGGCGGGAACAGGCUGAACAGUCAACAUAAAGUUUAAUCAGAAACUUAACUUAAAACAAACAUAAACUACACAGACACACAUGCAGCGCGGCCAGGUGCGUCUCUCUCUCUCGAACCGGCGUCUCCGGCUGCCCCUUAUCUCACUCUCCCGCUGAUCAGCUGAUUCUGUGCCAACCAUGCUCCAUCUCGGCCCGGCCAUGCCCUCCUCCUCGUCACAAUGUACUUAUGAGAGAAGAUGUAAUAUGUUCUAUUUAUAAUACAGAUAUUCAAUGUAAACCUGCAUCUGGUUUGUGUGUGUGUGUCUGGUUGUGGGGGGAGGGGACUAGAAUAUAUUGGAUGUGACAGAAGAUUAUGUUUAAAUGAUUUCAAAUCAAGUUGAAUGCAAAGGAAUCGACAUAAGGAAAUUGCAGUAGUACCAUUACUACUACUUAUAAUAUAACUAAGCCUGAAUAGAUAUCCUUACAUGAAAUGUGUUUAUUCUGGUGGUCAUUUAGUGUAUAGUGAGUUUUCCAUCUUUUUUCAUGUUUAUAUAAGGUAAAGAUUAUAUUUUUUUUCUAGGGAUGUCCCGAUACCAUUUUUUUUUUUAGAAUGAGUACGAGUACGGAUACUUUCCUUUUUAUUCUCGCUGAUACCGAGUCUGAUACCUGUUUAUUUUAUUUUUUGAUUUUUUUUUUUUCUGAAUUCCAUAUUAACAGUUUAUUUCAAUGUUAUCAUCAAAAUGGUGUUUAAAUAAACAAAUUAAUUAAAACUUUAUUCAAAUGAAAGUAUAACAAUUAAUUUUCAACAUGAUAUUAUAUUUUAUUUUUCAAAUGAAGUGAUUUUAUACAGAACCUCACAACACAAUAAAAAAUACAACAUUGGAGUAUCACAGGUGUGAGACAUUGCUUAAAUAUAAUAAAAUUACAAAUGAUUUAUUAUUAUAAGUAGUAGUAUUACAGUGAAUAUGACAUAACUAUUUGGUAGUGAUCUCUCCUACUUUUUUACUUAAUUAAAUUGAGCUUUUAUUUUGGCGGAGCUUUUUUUUGAAGUGUUUGUGUUGUUAUGACCUAGGAGCUCUGACAUAAUGACGAUAGCUUCCCACUCUGGAAAACCUGGUCGCUACAUGACUCAAAGUGAUUAUUAAAUGGCAAAAGGCUGCUGUUUAAUUAAAUAAAUAUGUAGUCUGUACGUGCUAAUGAAUUAGUGCUCUGCUUGCUGUCAUCUGCUACAAACAGAGCAUGCAGUGCUCAAGUUGGUAGUUUCUGUAUAUGAGCCAAGGAUCUCUAAAAAGUAAUGAGCACUUUGUGUCUUUUUGUCAGCACAGCACUGUCUCCACACAUUCACAAGCACUCAUAUUUAAAGCACUGUUUAUGCAAACUAUAUAUUUAUCUCAUUAAAUCGCAGAUUUUGCUGUUAAAUAAUCUCAGUAGGACAUAAUUUGAUUUUAAUUUGUGCGCUGAAUGUUUACAUAAUUACAUUCAUAUGUCAGAUGGUAUUGAUUUUUGGUAUCAGAGCAUUUUUAUGAACACGAGUACAAGUACAUAAGUGCGGUAUCUGACCCGAUUCGGUUACCAGUAUCAGUAACGGGACAUCCCUCAUUUUUUCAAUGUUAAAAUAUGUUCUCCUAUUUCAGCUUAAUAGAAAUAAUAAGCAAGCCAUUCAUAGGUUGAUUCCCUCGAGAAGUAUAAACAAUGUGGCUCUGUUGUGCUAUCAAAACAUUUUACUUUUUGUAAUCAAGCAAUUAUGACUACCUUGGUAGCUCAGUGGUAAAAUGUGCUGGCUACCACCCCUGGAGUUCGCUAGUUCUCUAGUUCGAAUCCCAGGGCGUGCUGAGUGACUCCAGCCAGGUCUCCUAAGCAACCAAAUUGACCUGGUUGCUAGGGAGGGUAGAGUCACAUGGGGUAACCUCCUCGUGGUCACUAUAAUGUGGUUCGUUCUCGGUGGGACGCGUGGUAAGUUGAGCGUGGUUGCUGCGGUGGAUGGCGUGAAGCCUCCGUGGCAACGUGCUCAACAAGUGCGGUGAAUCACUACGCGACCACGAGGACUUAAAAAGCACAUUGCGAAUUGGGUAUUCCAAAUUGGGAGAAAAAGGAAAAAAAAAAAACAAAAAAAAAACAUUGGCUCUUUGGGGUGCCCCUGGAGCAGAUAGGGUCAAGGGCCCAACAGUGGCAUCUUGGUGGUGCUGGGGCUCCUCUGAUCUUCUGGUCAGUAACUGAGAGCCUUAACCACUGAACCACCACUGCCCAGAGAGACAAGGGCAGAAGGGUGAGUCUCAAUCAGUUCCCUAGCUCCCUAUGUCAUGAAUCAGUAUAUUGUGAACUCGAAUUCGGACACAUGCAAGAGUGUUCAUCCACUGAGUAUUGGGACACUUAUGGCUCAGUUACCUGAGACACAAUUACGAGCUCGUGCAUUAAAACCCAGCUGGUAUUAAUCAACAACAUUGAUGGAUAAAUGACACUGUCGUGCAUUUUUGUCGUAGAUAUUCAAAUAUACAGUGUUAUUAUGAAAGAUAAAUGACAAAGAAAUAGAACUGUAUUUUUAACAUUCUUCUAACUACUCUAAUAUUUAGAAGAUUGUUUCUCUUUCAUGGUCAUUAUGGAUAAAAGACAUUAUAAACAACAUCUCUUUUAGAGAGAAAAUAAGACUUUUACUUCGUAGUUUUACACUUGUUCUCGUCUUCUAAUGACUUGAAAGACAUAGUGCAUAGUGAGCAACGAUGCUCCUUGGUUUUUACGGUGCAUUCUGGGAAUUUUUAGGGAGUGACCGUUUCAGUGCACUAGAACGAUUUUGCAAUUGAGACAGCCCAUGACUACUGAACUAGGGAGCUGAUUGAGACGCACCUCAAAUUUUUGCAAUUCCAUUUGGUGAUGCUGAUGGCUAAAAAUUACACAAACCACCUUUGAAUUCUGUUUUGGUUUUGAAAAUUAAGAGAAUGACCAUCCAUUGUUUUCCCACAACACUUCAAACUUCCCAGUGCAGCGUCUGCAAUUUAGUUUAUGGUUUUAAAGAAUAUCCUUUAUGACAUUUUAUAAAACAGUUAAUUCUUGUUUUGAAAAACCAUUUUCUCAUAGUUUAAAAGGUGAUUAUAAAAUAUUAAGAGAAUUUCUCCUACAGAUUCAUAAGUAAAACAUUAUAGAUAAUUUAUGAUUUAGCUGCGAAGAACUUUGACAUUUCUCAACACACAUCUAAUUUAUUUAAUAAAUAACACUUUAUUUUCUUGUUAAUGUAAUUAAUUAGAUUAAUUGUGUAGUCAAAUCUAAAUUGACCUAGCACAUUUAAAUGGAGUAUUCCACUUUCAGUACAAGUUAAGGCUCAAUCGACAGCAUUUGUGGCAUAAUGUUGAUUAUUACCACAAAAAAUCAUUUCGACUCACCCCUAUUUAUAAAAACAAAAUCAGAGUUACAGUGAGGCACUUACAAUGGAAGUGAAUGGGGCCAAUUUUUGGAGGGUUUCAGGGCAGAAUUUUAUAAAAGCAUUUACAUCAACUCUUCUGUUAUAUCUUGUGUAUUAUUUGAGCCAUGAAGUUGUUUAAAUUGUCGUUUUAUGGUUGUUUUAGCGUUAAUGGCGUUAAAUCGCAAUGGCAACAAAAUUUAAAAAAGUGGACAUAACUUUACAUAUAAAAUGUUAGUAAUAUAAACUCAUGUUUAUAUUAGGGAUAAAAUGAUUAGACAACGUAAUCGACAAUGUCGACAAUAAAAAAUAGUCUACAAAUAUUUUCUUUGUCGAAUAGUCUUUUGAUAUCUUUGGGCAAAACUAGAUCAUAUGAAACUCAAUGGAGUACUUGCACUGAGCCUCAUGAUGUACUUUCGCUGUAAAAUAAAGCAGUUCUCUAGUUUCUGGUUAUAUGUAUUCACAAUGUGCCAUUGUUGCCUAGGUCUUGAACCUCCACUUAAAAUGAGUGUUCAGAAGAAGAUUUUAAAGUACAGAUAUUUUCAGAGACAAGAGAAAAAUAUUCUAAACAUUACUGUGUACAGCAUCUUCAAAAUUCAGUGGAAGAACCGUUUUCAAAGCUUUAAUUCAGGCCAAACCGAACUGAUGGUUAGUAAACCCUUGCAUUUCACCCUUUCUUCUUAAGCGGAGGUCUGUAGCAAACAUUUAACCACAGAUCUGCUUGAACCACAAAUAACAGAAGUGUCAGCACCAGCACUCUUUGAAACUUCAAACACUGCAGUGCUCCAUGUGUGAGCGAGACCUGAUGAAUGCAUGCAUCACCCCGUUUUUAUUAAAUAUAUGUAUUAAUCUCUAUUUUGUGUAAUUGUUUCAUUGAUAAGUAUAUCGAUAUAUGUUGAAAUAUAAAUGCCUAAGUAGAAGAGCUACCAAUGUGUUAUAAUGUUUCAAAUAUUGUUGUUAAAUAUAUUUUAUCGCAGGUAAUGUAUUUAUUCAAUUUGAUAUUAAAACUGCUUCUGUUCUGAGUGAUUAUUAAAGCCUGGUCAGAGUAAGAGAACGGCUAAUGUAUCUAUAAAUUAAUCCAUCUGGGACAUUUAACCAAAGUAAAGUCAUUUGCAAUUGUUAAUUUAUCGGUGAAGCUCAACAGGUAUGAAAUAUCAUCAAUAAAUAAAAACGCACUUUAAUGAAACAUCAAGACUGCUACAGGUUAUAUAUUUGUAUAUAUUAUUCAGGGGCUGAGUGUAGCUACAUAUGGAAAGGAAAAAAUAUAUUUAGAGGCAAAUUUCUGCAAAUUAUAAAUUUGAGAUCAGUCACGUUAAUGCCAAAAACAUGAUUUAUUGUUUUAAUCAACUGACAGCCCUUAAAAGUAUAAGUAUUCUGCCUGAAUAAAUCUCUGCAUGUAGGUGCACUGACACUGUAACCGGAACUGCGCACUACGUAGCACUUGGAAGCAGUUGUGCAAACAGACCAUUGAUGACGUGCAAGAGCCCUGCAGUCAGAGGAACACUGACAGAAGCUGGCUUAACAGGGAGUGCGUUGGACAUGUUGUUCUAUGAGAUCCGUGGUGAAUGUAGCUGCAGGGUAGAUCAGUCAGAAGGGUGAGAAGGAACAGUUGAUCAGGUAAAGAUGCCAUUCAAGAAAUAAAAUAAUGAGGCAAACAAACACUAGGCCCAUUGAAAAGUCCAAUUAAAAGUUAAGUCACUUUUAUUUGUAUAGUGCCAUUCACAAUACUUUUUAAAAGCAGCUUUACAGAAAGUUUUAAAUGUCUUAAUGUCCUCUGGUCUGAUGAAACAAAAAUUGAACUGUUUGGCCAUAAUGACCAUCAUUAUGUUUGGAGGAAAAAGGGUGAGGCUUGCAAGUCGAAGAACACCAUCCCAACCGUGAAGUAUGGGGGCGGCAGCAUCAUGUUGUAGGGGUGCUUUGCUGCACUUCACAAAAUAGAUGGCAUCAUGAGGAAGGAAAAUUAUGUGGAUAUAUUGAAGCAACAUCUCAAGACAUCAGCCAGGAAGUUAAAGCUCAGUCACAAAUGGGUCUUCCAAAUGGACAAUGACCCCAAGCAUACCUCCAAAGUUGUGGCAAAAUGGCUUAAGGACAACAAAGUCAAGGUAUUGGAGUGGACAUCACAAAGCCCUGACCUCAAUCUGAUAGAAAAUGUGUGGGCAGAACUGAAAAAACAUGUGCGAGCAAGGAGGCCUACAAACCUGACUCAGUUACACCAGUUCUGUCUGGAGGAAUGGGCCAAAAUUCCAGCAACUUAUUGUGAGAAGCUUGUGGAAGGCUACCCAAAACAUUUGACCCAAGUUAAACAAUUUAAAGGCAAUGCUACCAAAUACUAACAAAGUGUAUGUAAACUUCUGACCCACUGGGAAUGUGAUGAAAGAAAUAAAAGCUGAAAUAAAUCAUUCUCUCUACGAUUACUGACAUUUCACAUUCUUAAAAUAAAGUAGUGAUCCUAACUGACCUAAGACAGGGAAUGUUUUCUACGAUUAAAUGUCAGGAAUUGUGAAAAACUGAGUUGGCUAAGGUGUAUGUAAACUUCUGACUUCAACUGUAGAUAGAUAGAUAGAUAGAGAAGCAGUGGGAAAUAAUUAUUUGGAUUAUUUUCCAAUAUAAAUAUCUAAAAAUCCCUUAAAAGAAGGUACA